UUUAAGAGAGUUCCGGCAGCUCUGACGGAAGUGCGCUGCAUGUGCGCGCAUCCGCCGUCCAAAUUGAUCGGUAAACGAAUCUUCGAAUGCGAGCCGCUUCGCUAUCAAAUUCGUGUGUUAGAAUUCGACGAACUGUGUCAAACCUAUUCGGAACAAAUUGAAACAAUCGCCCUGGCAUGCAUACCUGUGUUACAGGCAACUGCAAAAGCGGAUGGUGAAAUGAAAUUCAUGGCUCCGGAAAGAUUUCAAGGUCCGAUCAAGAAGAACAUCCGGUAUGAUUAUGGUGACUUCCAUCAACCGUAACAUUAUCUUCCUCGAUCUCCGUAUUACUACCUCACUGAUUGGAGAAUAAAUAUUCCGU